AUGUCGCCACGAGUCGGGCGGGGCCCGGCCGCUGCUGGCAGACCUGGGAGAUUCAAAAACAAAGCUCUUCAGCUCAGCCUCUCCAAGAAAUUCUGCUCAAAGUCAGCCCCCUCGACCCAGAGGAAGGGCCCAGAGGAGGAGGAGGCGCGUCGGAGUGGUAGAAGGAGCCUCAGUAACAGCUCAGCGGUGGCCGCUGCCUAUAUUUCCUUCCUCAAUAAACUCUUUGGACAGGAGAGAGAGCUCAUGCCGGAGGAGUUAGACGAGCUCCAAGAGGCCUUUAAGGAAUUUGACUACGACGCGGAUGGCUUCAUCCAUUACAAAGACAUCGCAGACUGCAUGAGGACCAUGGGCUACAUGCCUACAGAGAUGGAGCUCAUCGAGAUCAUCCAGCAAAUCAAGAUGAAAUGGGGUGGUCAUGUAGACUUUGAUGAUUUCUGCGAGUUAAUGGGGCCAAGGAUGUUGGCUGAGACGGCUCAUAUGGUCGGGUUGAAGGAGCUGCGCUGUGCCUUCAAACAGUUUGACUGUGAUGGUGAUGGAAAGAUCACGCUUGAUGAGCUGAAGGAGGGCAUGAAGACCCUCCUGGGGGAGAAGCUGAAGAAAGGCGAGCUGGAGGAGAUCCUCAGCGACAUUGACCUUAACAAAGACGGCAACAUCGACUUUGAUGAGUUUGUUAUGAUGCUUUCUGCACGAUGACCUCUGAUGGAAGGAGAUGGAGCAUACAACGCUGGGUUUAUGAGUACCAACUCAUGAACACUCUUCUUCCUGCUGUUGUAUCAUUUUCUGUGACAUUAUAUCUGAUUGUAUGGGGGGGAAGCAUUGAAGAGAUUUUUUCAUAUUUUUAUAAUAAAAGUUGAGGUUGAGUAAGUGCAGAGGGUAAAGGGUGAGUUAUGAAACAUGUUAACUGUAUGUAACAAUAAUGCUGCACUGUCGCCCCCUUGUGGUUGGAAAGUGAGCAGACUCCAAACUGAAGCUAGAUUAAUGUUCUUUACCCACUGAUUACAAUUGAACUUCAGAUUCAUUGAGAACUGUAGUAUAUCCAAACUUUUCUUGCAUUUUCAUAGAAAAAUAUUUCCUAAAAUACAGUCUAACUCUGUGAGACGGAGUCCUACUCAACUGAACUCACUAGUCACUGCCAAAGUUUGAACUAUGUUGGUUAUUUCACAUAAGAGGUUUGUGGGGUUUUCUUUUCUGUUUAUUCUGACUGAUAUGAAGUUGGCUGGGCUCUGCUGAAAAAAUAUUGUCACACUACAAUGCACCAAUCAGAGUUUAGCAACAUUUUAGUUAGAAUGUGAUGGUGGUUAGUUUGGUAACUGUCAAUCAAAUUGGAUGAAACCUCACCCAAUUUUAAGCGCUGAAAAAUAACACUUAAAGACUAUGUUUUCCAGACACAAGACAAGUAUUUUCUGUAUUAUACGCUUUUUUCAAAUUUUAUGUGUAAAUUAGAGUUUGACCAGUUUAGUAUGGGUGUACAUUUUGUACAAUAUGCGCCAAUAUGAAAUUUUAUUUUUAAAGGAUUUUUAUUUUGCAGAAAAAGUAAAAAUGACAAAGACGUUCGUACGUGGAUUCAUUUAGAAAUGGUGUUUAUUUAUUUGAUUUUUCUUAAUUAUUUUCAAAUGAUUGCUAUGGAAUAUAAAUGUAUUUUUUCAUUUCUAAAAUUGUUUGACAAUGUCAUACAUUGUAUGUAUAUGAUAAAAAUAUUUCAAUAAAGUUAUUU